GCCGGGACCAGGCUAGUCCACUGCUCGCUAAUUGCCCCCAACACGGACCUCAGUCCUGGCCAGAGCAGAGUCCAGAAUGGAGCUGCGGCCCUACCAGUGGGAAGUGAUCCUACCGGCUCUGGAGGGCAAGAAUAUCAUUAUAUGGCUGCCCACGGGUGCUGGGAAGACCCGGGCAGCUGCCUUUGUGGCCAAGAGGCACCUAGAGACAGUAGACCGGGGCAAGGUGGUUGUACUGGUCAACAGGGUACACCUGGUGAGCCAGCAUGCUGAGGAAUUUAGGCGCGUGUUGGAUAAACAUUGGACCAUCUCAACCCUGAGUGGGGACAUGGGGUCACGAGCUGGCUUUGGCCUAAUAGCCCGGAGCCAUGACCUGCUCAUCUGCACAGCAGAGCUGUUGCAGCUGGCACUGAUCAGCUCCGAGGCAGAUGAGCACGUGGAGCUCACAGAGUUCUCGUUGAUUGUGGUGGAUGAGUGUCACCACACCCACAAGGACACCGUCUACAACGUCAUCUUGAGCCGCUACCUAGAGCAUAAGCUGCAGAAGACAAAACCUCUUCCCCAGGUUCUGGGUCUCACAGCCUCCCCAGGCACUGGAGGGGCCACCAAGCUUCAAGGGGCCAUUGACCACAUCCUACAGCUCUGUGCUAACUUGGAUACGUGGCGCAUCAUGUCACCAGAGAAUUGCCACUCCCAGCUGCUGGAACACAACCCAAAGCCCUGCAAGCAGUAUGACCUCUGCCAAAGGCGCAAACAGGAUCCUUUUGGAGACUUGCUAAAAAAGCUUAUGAACCAAAUCCACCAGCAACUAAAUAUGCCCUAUCUGAGCCAGCAAUUUGGAACCCAAAUGUAUGAGCAGCAAGUGGUGCAGUUGAGAAAAGAUGCGGCUGAGGCUGGCCUUCAGCAACAGCGGGUGUAUGCGCUGCAUUUGUGGCGCUACAAUGAUGCGCUGUUCAUCCAUGAUACUGUCCGCGCACGGGACGCUCUGGACAUGUUGCAAGAUUUCUACAACAGAGAACGUGCCACAAAAACACAGUUGCUGCAUGCAGAGCGCUGGCUGCUGGAACUGUUUGACAGCCAUAAAAAUACGCUGGCCAACCUAGCGGCCCAUGGGCCUGAGAACCCAAAGUUGGAGAGGCUGGAAGAGAUCCUGCUGAGUCAGUUUGGGGGUCCCAACAACCCUCGGGGCAUCAUCUUCACCAAAACCCGCCAGAGUGCCUACUCCCUCCUGCUCUGGCUUCAGCAGCAGCCUGGCCUACAAACUGUGGACGUCAAGCCUCAGAUGCUGAUUGGAGCUGGGAAUACCAGUCAGAGCACACACAUGACCCAGAAAGACCAGCAAGAAGUGAUCCAGGAAUUCAGGGAUGGUACCCUGAACCUUCUAGUGGCCACAAGUGUGGCAGAGGAAGGGCUGGAUAUAUCCAAGUGCAAUGUGGUGGUACGCUAUGGGCUCCUGACCAACGAGAUCUCCAUGGUCCAGGCCCGGGGCCGAGCUCGAGCUGAUCAGAGUGUGUACUCCUUUGUGGCGACAGAGGGCAGUCGGGAGCUGCGGCGGGAGCUGACCAAUGAGGCUCUGGAGGUGCUGAUGGAGCAGGCAGUGACUGCAGUACAGAAGAUGGACCCCAAAGAGUUUAAGGCCAAGAUCCAGGAGCUGCAGCUGGCAGCGCUAGCUAAGCGAGCGGCUCGCGCGGCUCACCGAGAGAGUCGGCAGCGGCAGUUCCCACCCGAGGACGUGCAGCUCCUCUGCAUCAACUGCAUGAUAGCCGUGGGCUACGGGAGUGACAUACGGAAGGUGGAGGGGACCCACCACGUCAAUGUGAACCCCAACUUCUCGGCCUACUAUAACAUCUCCCAGAAGCCUGUGGUCAUAAACAAGGUCUUCAAGGACUGGAGGCCUGGAGGAACCAUUAGCUGCAGUAACUGUGGUGAGGUCUGGGGCUUCCAGAUGAUCUACAAAUCAGUGACCUUGCCGGUGCUGAAAAUCCAAAGCAUACUACUGGAGACCCCUCAUGGGAGGAUCCAGCCCAAAAAGUGGUCUCGGGUACCCUUCACAGUAUGUAACUUCGACAUACUGCAGGACUGUGCCCAGGGCCUGUCUUAUCUCUCCCUGGACUGACCCCUUGUACCUGCA